GUGAGUCUCAUCAGCCGGUCCAGCCGGCGAGGAUCAUCCUGCGAAAAGCGAAACCAAAGCAUAGCAGAGGCAGUGUUCGACUGCCCCUUCACACCCACUGCAACCUUUCUUCGAACAAAGGUCACCCGUGGCUCGUGCCCCUCGCUAAAUAUGAGCUUUAAGAAACUCGGAGUGAAGGAAUUGGACGUCAAGGACAAGAGAGUCAUCAUAAGAGUUGACUUCAACGUCCCACUAAAGGAUGGAAAAAUUACAAAUAACCAGAGAAUUGUGGCAGCUCUGGACACCAUCAAGUUCGUUCUAGAUAAAGGCGCAAAAUCUGUGGUGUUGAUGAGCCACUUGGGCCGUCCGGAUGGCCAUGUUGACAUGAAGUUCACUCUCGCCCCUGUUGCCGAGGAACUGAAGCAUUUGCUGAAAAGAGAUAUCAAGUUCCUGCCCGACUGUGUGGGACCCGAGACUGAAAAGGAAUGUGCCAAUCCACCGCAUGGUUCUGUCUUUUUGCUGGAGAACCUGAGGUUUCACGUAGAGGAGGAAGGAAAGGGAGUCGACGCAAGUGGACAAAAGAUCAAGGCAUCUCCUGAGGCAACAGCUGCUUUUCAAGCAUCCCUGACUAAACUUGGUGAUGUUUUUGUCAACGAUGCAUUUGGAACUGCUCAUCGAGCUCACAGCUCCAUGGUUGGUAUCAAACAUGACAAGAGGGCUGCUGGUAUUCUGAUGAAGAAGGAGCUGGACUAUUUCAGUAAAGCAUUAGAUAACCCUGCACGCCCUUUCUUGGCCAUCUUGGGAGGAGCCAAGGUGAAGGACAAGAUUCAGCUCAUUGAAAAUCUGUUGGACAAGGUUAAUGAAAUGAUCAUUGGCGGAGGAAUGGCAUUCACUUUCUUGAAGGUUACAGAAAACAUGGAGAUUGGAAGCUCUCUCUUCGAUAACGAUGGGGCAGGCAUUGUCAACAAGCUGUUAGAGAAAGCAAAAAAGAACAAUGUUCAGAUUCAUCUUCCUGUUGACUUUGUCACAGGUGAUAAGUUUGAUGAGCAUGCAACCGUUGGAAAGGGCACUGUGAAGACUGGAGUGCCACAUGGCUGCAUGGGCCUGGAUGUGGGUCCUGAGAGCACAGCCAAAUUCCAAGAAGCGGUGAGGAGAGCUAAGACAGUUGUGUGGAAUGGCCCCAUGGGUGUGUUUGAGUGGGAUCAUUUCGCCUCUGGGACCAAAGGUGUCAUGGAUGCUGUUGUUGAGGUUACCAAGAAGGGAGCCAUUACAAUUAUUGGUGGUGGUGACACUGCAACCUGCUGUGCCAAGUGGCACACUGAGGACAAAGUCAGUCAUGUCAGCACAGGUGGUGGAGCCAGCCUUGAGCUCCUGGAGGGCAAAGUCCUCCCUGGUGUUGCCUACCUUUCCGAUGCCUCUGGGGCAGGAGGUGGUUGCGGCUGUUGCUUCAACCCCGUGGCUGUGGCUAAGCGCUACCCAGCUCAGACAGCAGUGGUUUUGCUUGUCAGCAUGGGCGUGAUAGUGGCCAUCUACAGGGCUCGUCGUCAGCGAUGAAACAACGGAUGCAACCUUGAUAUGCUUGCAGUGCUUGCCGUCUUGACACAACUUAGCGAUAAUUAUUUUGGAAGGAAUCAGCAGCUUACACUGCAUUUUUUUUCAAAAACUCGGCAUGGGUGUCUUUGUAAGCUCAACAUUUGUUUGUAUCGAAACAAGUAACACACUGUCACUUUGAAAGCGGUUGGUGUACUUCAGCAAGAGUAAAGCCCAGGAAGGCAUUGAAGGGCACUUACAAAGUAUGUCUUGAUAACACUUGAUAACAAAACUACUCUGAUAACUUCCAAUGCUUAUAAAUUGCUGUAAGAUUUUUCAGCUUGGUUAAUUGAUGGUGAACAUUAAAAAAUGUAAAGCAGAUGCAUUGGAAUCUUAUGGGAAGUGAACUGAAAACAGUGUACCAUAAGAUAUCACUAGAAGACUUUAGAAAGUGGUCAGAAAUAUUUCAUAAAUUAAAUUGUAUUGGUUAAACAUAAAGGGCUCAAUGAAAUUUAGAAUACAAGUUUAGUUUGACACCUUAUUGAACAAAUUAUUACGAGCAAAUUAUUGAACUCUUUAUAUUGAUAAACCUAAUGCAAUAGCAACAGCCUUUCACUCUGCAAAUGCUCUUCAAUGCAAAAAACAUUGCCGUACCUUUGAGCACAUUCCAUGCCUCGAUUUGUGUGCAUACACCUGCACCUUCCAAGUACUCAAAACAUUACUUAUAGUUUGUUUCAUGUUCAGUGGGCAGUCUGAGAAGCUAGAUCAGCCUUUCGCACAGCCUUUGAGCUGGUUGCAGAUCUGCAAUGCAAAAUGGGUGGAGUGCCACAUUUGUAUGACUACAGAGUUUAAGCAGCUGCCACAGUGAGCUGUGUGCAUUUGCAACUGAAAUAUAACAUCACCUACUUAAGGACGCAGGAAUAUAUGGACAUUACUGUGAUUUUAGGUAACAUCACCUCGAUGUGGCUUACGCACGUACACCUCGAUAUAACGAAGUCAGUAAAAUCGGCAAUUUGCUACAUUAUAGCAAAAUUUAGCUGUAUUGAAAUUGAACUUUUUAUGCGAAUAAGUACAGUUGCCUAUCGACUGUCAGGAAAAGUGCCAGCAGCAGGAAGCGAAUUCCUUACCCGUCACUUUAGUGCAUCUCCAAAACUCGAAAUAACGCAACCUGCAGCACUAAAUGUGCACAAAGACAGCGCACGAUGCCAUGCCAUAUGGAAUUUCGUUAUAUUGAAAUUGUGUAUAAAUGCAGUUCAUUAUUUGAGGUUCAAAAUGCAGUGUUCUUGGACAAGAAGGUAGAAAAUCAAAUACUUCGUUAUAUUUGUAAUGUCAUUAUAUUGGAGUUUCUUAAAACGAUGUUUAAUUGUAGUUGCAACAUAUGAACGGGUUAUUCCAUAUAGCAUUACAAGUCUGAAUUUGUAUGGCAUGAAGCUCUUGGAGUGACGGAUUUAUGCGACUACAUUGCUUCCAUAGCACAUUGCCUGCUACUAUGCUACUACUUAUGAAAUGGAGUACAGGCGUGUUGUCUCCCAUGAACAUGAGCCGAGACAUUUACUUACUGAGUUAGCUUGCUAAGAUGAGACGCUGAACUGAACUUCCAUAUACUUUAUAAUGUGACACGGUGUCAGUGUUUGUAAUUGCCAUAGAAGCUGAAUUGACAGGCCUAACACUUGCAUGUGAGUGGGUCAUGAAGAGUACCAUGUUGAUAGCACACUAUGUAAGAAAAUGAGGGUCUUGUAGGUUACCUAAGGCAGUAACCUUAAUCCAAGAUCGGCUUUGGAGAUGAUAGCCAUGCCUGCAGAACUGUGCCCUUUAGCUUUGGCAAGGUGUGCAACUGGAUGUAUGCAUAAAUGGAAAUACUUCAUUGUGUCGCAACACACACCCCUGCAAGAAAGGUGCUUUAUAAACUGCUAAAUUUCAUUAGAGAACAUUCACACCGCAUACAUGGGUUAUAGAUUUAACUACUUGUCGAUAAGCAUAAUUUAGGCAAUAAGUGCGACUGCAUGUAACCAAAGUAAAAGGUGAAAAUAGCCCUGCAAUGUACUUUGACUAGGCAUGGUGAAAAUAGUCGUUCUAUAAUUAAAUUUGCUAAUACAAUAAUAUGGACAAAACUGGCUUAAAAUAUUGAACUGAGCAUCAAAUUCUUUUCCCGAAGAGGGCCAAACAGUAAGUGAAAACGAAUUUACACUCAUCAUUAAAGUUUGAAAUACCACAUAAUGAGACCUCAGCCUACCAGAAAACUCGCAAGAGUGGACAGUAAGAGAACGGUAGUAACAGUUUGUGUGAUCAUAAUUAUGAACAUAACAGGAUUGAGAACUGCAUAUAAGGCAUUUAAUUUCUUGUCAGUCACUGCUAAUGCGACCUUGACUGCGGCUGCAAGGGGAAAUAUAACUACAGAUCCACACAUGUAAACACACUAAGCUCCGCUAAAAUGAAAAAGAGAAGCUACAUAAAUUGGUACCUGCAGUAAGCACGUAAAAAAUAAAGGGCGUACUCUGUAAGCAUGUUUAGUUGGUCUUUAUGUACUACAACCAUGCCAGCUGCAGCUGAAAGCAUUCAGUGAUCUGAAACAAAACUUGAAGCAAUAGCUGAUUAUUACUGGCCAUGUUUUCAGGCUGGGGGGGAGAGGGGCCUGCAGGAAAUACUUUUUCAUGCAGGCACUGAGUACUAUACCAGUAAAUCUUAAAUCAACCCUGAGCAAACCUUAACACUGCAUAUAACCAAAUUCUCACGUACAUUAAUUUGUGGGUACCUUCAGCACACUUCUGUUUGAUAGGGUAACAUCUCAAAUUGAGGAUGCAUCAUGUUCACUGAGCAUUGCUCCCUGAUAAAGGAAGCUAGAAUAGUGUUGUGCUGGAACAAUAGUAGGAGGCCAUAAAGUGAUGCAGUCAUUUAGGAGAGAAAGCAACCACCAUCAAUGAAAACACAAUGUAUUUUGUCUUGUUUGAUUGGUAAGUAGAGUACAUGGCAUUAGUUAUAUUAAUUCAGCCACAUUUUAUGUAGAAUGAAUAAAGUUUUGAUUAAUUAGGUGAUGUGAAUAAAGUAGAGAUCUGUUAGUUCGACUCCA